ACAGAGCACAAGAUGUCCAUCGAGGAGGUUUGCAGGAAAUACAACACCGACUGCGCCCAGGGUCUGACCCACAGCAAAGCGCAGGAGAUCCUGGCCCGGGACGGCCCCAACGCGCUGACCCCCGCCCACGACCCCGAGUGGGUGAAGUUCUGCCGGCAGCUCUUCAGGGGCUCUCCAUCCUGCUCUGGAUCGGGGGCCAUCCUCUGCUUCCUGGCCUACGGCAUCCUGGCCGGCACCGAGGGAGCCUCCAACGACAACCUGUACCUGGGCAUCGUCCUGGCCGCCGUCGUCAUCAUCACCGGCUGCUUCUCCUACUACCAGGAGGCCAAGAGCUCCAAGAUCAUGGAAUCCUUCAAGAACAUGGUGCCCCAGCAAGCCCUGGUGAUCCGGGAGGGGGAGAAGAUGCAAAUCAACGCCGAGGACGUCGUCGUGGGGGACCUGGUGGAGGUCAAGGGGGGCGACCGAGUCCCCGCUGACCUGAGGAUCAUCUCGGCCCACGGGUGCAAGGUGGAUAACUCGUCCCUGACCGGGGAGUCGGAGCCCCAGACGCGCUCACCCGACUGCACCCACGACAACCCCCUGGAGACGCGGAACAUCACCUUCUUCUCCACCAACUGCGUCGAGGGCACGGCACGAGGCGUGGUGAUCGCCAAGGGGGACAGGACCGUGAUGGGGGUCCCUCUUUGGGGCCAUUUUGGGGCCCUUUCUGACCCCUAUUCCCAUUUCUCUGUAUUUUCACCAUUUUUGACCCAUUUUUGGGUGUUUCUGACUCAUUUUUGGGUGUUUCUUACCCAGUUUUGGGUGUUUCUGAUCCAUUUAAG